AGAACGACUCACGUGGACAAGCCACCUAGGGCCUGGUACUACGUCACGGUCAGGUGCGUUACGGCCUAUCGCGUCUAUAUAAUCAUGAGCUUUUUAACUCGUUCCUUCCCACCCCACAGUCAUCAUGGUCGUACAAAGCAAGCAUUUCCUGAACACAGCACCCUCUCUUGUGCUCGAUUCAUUAGAAGGACUGUGUGCAAUCAACACACAUCUAGCUCUUGAUCCGAUCCAUAGAGUCGUGUACCUUGGUGAUCAGGAUCGCUCCAAAGUUGCCCUCCUCUGUGGAGGUGGCUCUGGCCAUGAGCCAUCCCACUCAGGUUUUGUAGGCCAGGGGGCUUUGACCGCUGCUGUGUGUGGCAAUGUCUUUGCCUCUCCAAGCGCUGGUCAAGUUCGCCGUGCAAUAGACUUAAUUGACAACGAAAAAGGCACCAUCAUCGUAGUCAAGAAUUACACCGGUGAUGUCCUCAAUUUUGGUCUAGCCAAAGAAGAAUAUGCUGCCCGUUACCCUGACAAAGCUGACCGUGUUAAGUUUGUCAUCGUAGGAGAUGACGUUGCUGUAGGAAGAACCCAAGGCAAUAUUGUUGGAAGACGUGGUCUCGCUGGUGUUUGUCUCGUCUACAAAAUUGCAGGUGCCCUCGCACAGACAGGCGCCUCUGUAGAUGAGGUCUACGAUGUCGCCCAGUACGUUUCCUCCAGGCUCGGCACUAUAGGUGUUGGUCUGGACCACUGUCAUGUCCCCGGCACUGCUGUUCCAGAUACACAUUUAGGUGCGAAUGAGCUCGAAAUUGGUCUCGGAAUUCACAACGAAAAUGGUCACCGCCGCGUCUCUCCUGUUCCACCUCUCAAUGAGCUCAUCCCCACUCUCCUCGAAAUGAUCACUUCCACAACAGACAGAGAGCGGUCUUUUGUUCCCUUCAAGAACGACGGCACAGACCGUGUUGUUCUCCUCGUCAAUAAUCUCGGAGGUCUCAGUGAACUCGAGCUCGGCGGAAUAGUCGCCGAAGUGAAGCGUGCUCUAGACAAAUCUGGAAUUAAAAUCAUUCGCCUACUUUCUGGUUCUUUCAUGACAAGUCUCAACAUGCCCGGAUUUUCAAUUACUAUGCUCCUUCUCCCCGCCGCAAACGACACAGGAACUCCGUCCGCUGAUCUCAUACUUUCUUUACUCGAUGACAGUACAAAUACCCCAGGAUGGAAGUGGUCCUCUAGGUCUGUCCCAAAGCCACCAUUUGUCUCUUCAUCCCUCCCGACUGCAACCCACGCGAAAGCCUGGUCAGCCUCACUCAAAGCCCCCGAUAUCAAUCAAUUCAACAACGCCGUAGAGCGUGCAUGCCGGGCCCUCAUUACUGCUGAGCCCGAGAUUACUCGCAUGGACAAUAUAGCUGGUGAUGGGGACUGCGGACUUACGCUCAAAGGUGGUGCUACAGCUGUGCUUGAGGCUCUGGGUAAAAACAGCAUCUCCGGCAACGAUGUACUUGGCAGUGUCAUCACAAUCUCUCGUAUUGCUGAGGAUGCGAUGGGAGGAACUAGCGGAGCCCUCUAUUCAAUCUUCUUCUCUGCACUCGCUCAAGCGCUCGCUAAAAGCCCCUCCUCAAUCGCCACACAAGAAGUAUGGUGCACGGCGCUAGAAGCGGCUUUAGAUCGUUUGUAUACUUACACCCGGGCACGUCCUCCUUCUCGUACACUGGUCGAUCCUCUCGCUGCGUUCAUCGGUGAGCUGCCGUCCGGCCUUGCAGCAGCCGUGGAGGCCGCUAGAGAGGCUGCUGAAGGGACGAAAGACAUGGAGGCGAAGGCUGGGAGGAGCGCAUAUGUCGAUAGCAUAAAACUGAAAGCUGAGCGGGUCGCUGAUCCUGGGGCAUGGGGCGUGAAAGUUGUGGUGGAGGCACUAGCUCAGUGAUGGUAUUUUAGGCAUCUCACGGGAUUGAUUUUAAAAACAUACGUAGCGAGAAAAUGGCUGAACGAAUUUGAAGCGCGAGGAAAGAAACGGCAACAUGACUUUGUGUGGUCCGAUUCGAUGUGCUGAGCCGCUUAAAGCAGAUGAUAACUAGGUAGCGAUGAUCAAAUCGUCGAUGUUUGAUCAAUGACUGUCAUCCUCUUUAUGUUGGAUAACGAUCAUAGUUAUCUCUCGACAUGAUUUAGCCACCCCACUGUUGUUUAGGGU